ACAGAAAACACAAGUGAAAGAGCAUUUGGCCAGCCCAGAGAAGCCGAGCUGGGUGCCUUGAGUCUACAUGGUUCUCAUGUCGCGUUUAAGGCCAGCCCCCUGCUCGGUGUGGAGCUUCAAUAGCGCAGAGCAGCGUCUACAGCAAACUUCUCCUCGCAGACCGUGUGUGUGUGUGUACCGGACCAAACGACAGACAGACAUGGCAGAAGUCGCACCAGCACCCACAGCCGCAGCGCCGGCCAAGGCACCCAAGAAGAAGGCAGCAGCCAAGCCCAAGAAAGCGGGACCCAGCGUAGGAGAGCUCAUCGUCAAGGCUGUGACCGCCUCCAAGGAGAGGAGCGGCGUGUCCCUGGCCGCGCUCAAGAAGACGCUGGCGGCAGGCGGCUACGACGUGGAGAAGAACAACUCCGCUGGCACCCUGGUCCAGACCAAGGGCACCGGUGCAUCCGGCUCCUUCAAGCUCAACAAGAAAGCCGUUGAGGCGAAGAAGCCCGCCAAGAAAGCCGCAGUCCCCAAAGCGGCCAAGAGCCCCAAGAAGGUGAAGAAGCCACCAGCGGCCAAGAAGGCGGCCAAGAGCCCCAAGAAGGCUACAAAGGCAGCCAAGCCCAAAGCCAAGCCCAAGGCAGCCAAGGCAAAGAAGGCAGCCCCCAAGAAGAAGUAA